GGUUAGUGGGAAGUCAGCACAGGGAAGGAGCGCAAAUCAGUUUGCGCUUCCGGAGCGCCCGUGCUGCGGGUUUGCUGGGUGAUGCACUGUAGGUGAGGGGCCCUUGCACCCAGGUGAAUUCUGUGAAUUCUGCUCCCUGCGGUGGCAUUCGUCUCCGCAGUCGGCCGUGUGUGGGCUGCACUUGGCCCUGUUCUGUGACCCCGGUAGGCGGCCCUGGGCACUCGGCCCAGUGGCCCCGGCGCGAGGGAUGAAUGACUGAGCGAGCGAGUGACUCCCGCCGCCUCCUCCCAGGUGACGGCGCUUCGUCGAGGGGCGCCCGGGCCGCGGGCAGGAUGAAUCGAGCCAAGCCCACCACCGUACGGAGGCCCAGCGCGGCCGCCAAGCCCUCAGGGCACCCUCCCCCAGGAGACUUUAUUGCUCUGGGGUCCAAGGGUCAAGCCAAUGAAUCAAAGACAGCGUCCACCCUGCUGAAGCCAGCCCCUUCUGGACUACCCUCAGAGCGCAAGAGAGAUGCGUCAGCUUCUCUGUCUGGGGCCUCGGGGCUGACUGGCCUCACUAAGCGCCCCAAACUGUCCUCCACUCCCCCAUUGAGUGCCCUGGGUCGUCUGGCUGAGGCCGCAGUUGCAGAAAAGCGAGCUAUUUCUCCAUCAAUUAAGGAGCCAUCUGUGGUGCCCAUUGAAGUUCUGCCCACAGUACUGCUGGACGAGAUCGAAGCUGCCGAGCUGGAGGGCAAUGACGACAGGAUCGAGGGAGUGCUGUGCGGGGCUGUAAAGCAGCUGAAGGUGACGAGGGCCAAGCCUGACAGCACGCUCUACCUGAGCCUCAUGUACCUGGCCAAGAUCAAACCCAACAUCUUUGCCACAGAGGGUGUCAUCGAGGCCCUGUGCAGCCUCUUGCGGAGGGACGCCUCCGUUAACUUCAAGGCCAAAGGGAACAGCCUAGUGUCUGUGCUGGCCUGCAACCUUCUCAUGGCCGCAUACGAGGAGGACGAGAACUGGCCUGAGAUCUUCGUGAAGGUAUACAUCGAAGACUCGCUGGGUGAGCGGAUCUGGGUGGACAGCCCUCACUGCCGCACCUUCGUGGAUAAUAUCCAGACCGCCUUCAACACUAAGAUGCCACCAAAGAGCGUCCUGCUGCAGGGGGAGGGGGCACGCAGUGGUGGCGAACUUGGUGCAGGUAGCAGCCCCCACCCGUCACUCACAGAAGAGGAGGACAGCCAAACGGAGCUGCUGAUCGCCGAGGAGAAGCUGAGCCCUGAGCAAGAGGGGCAGCUCAUGCCAAGGCCUAGGUACGAUGAACUCACAGAGAGCGUGGAAGAGUAUGUCCUGGAUAUGCUCCGUGACCAGCUGAACCGGCGCCAGCCCAUCGACAACGUGUCCAGGAACCUCCUGCGGCUGCUCACAGCCACCUGCGGCUACAAGGAGGUGCGGUUGUUGGCCGUGCAGCGGCUGGAGAUGUGGCUGCAGAACCCCAAGUUGACCAGGCCAGCGCAGGACCUGCUGAUGUCUGUGUGCAUGAACUGCAACUCGCAUGGCUCGGAAGACAUGGAUGUCAUCUCGCACCUGAUCAAGAUCCGCCUCAAACCCAAGGUGCUCCUCAACCACUAUAUGCUCUGUAUCAGGGAGCUGCUCAACGCACACAAGGACAACCUGGGUACCACCAUCAAGUUCGUGAUCUUCAACGAGCUCUCCAAUGCUCGGAACCCCAACAACAUGCAGAUUCUGUACACCGUGCUGCAGCACAGCUCCGAGCUGGCGCCCAAGUUCCUAGCCAUGGUGUUCCAGGAUCUGCUGACCAACAAGGAUGACUACCUCCGUGCCUCCAGGGCCCUGCUGCGUGAGAUCAUCAAGCAGACCAAGCACGAGAUCAACUUCCAGGCUUUCUGUCUGGGGCUCAUGCAGGAGCGCAAGGAGCCACAGUACCUAGAGAUGGAAUUUAAGGAGCGGUUUGUGGUUCACAUCACGGACGUGUUGGCUGUGUCCAUGAUGCUGGGCAUUACAGCCCAGGUGAAGGAGGCUGGAGUCGCCUGGGACAAAGGAGAGAAGAGAAACCUCGAGGUGCUACGCACAUUCCAGAACCAGAUUGCGGCUAUCCAGCGUGACGCUGUGUGGUGGCUUCACACUGUCGUCCCCUCCAUCAGCAAACUUGCCCCCAAGGAUUAUGUGCAUUGCCUCCACAAGGUGCUCUUCACCGAGCAGCCCGAGACCUACUACAAGUGGGACAACUGGCCUCCUGAGAGUGACCGCAAUUUCUUCCUGCGCCUCUGUUCAGAGGUUCCCAUCCUGGAGGACACCCUGAUGCGGAUCCUGGUCAUUGGACUGUCUCGAGAGCUGCCGCUUGGCCCCGCAGAUGCCAUGGAACUGGCUGACCACCUUGUGAAGCGAGCUGCGGCCGUGCAGGCUGAUGAUGUGGAAGUUCUGAAGGUGGAGCGGAUCCAGCUGAUAGACGCGGUACUGAACCUGUGCACCUACCACCAUCCUGAGAACAUCCAGCUGCCCCCGGGGUAUCAGCCCCCAAACCUUGCCAUCUCUACCCUCUACUGGAAGGCCUGGCCCCUACUGCUGGUCGUGGCCGCCUUCAACCCAGAGAACAUUGGUCUGGCUGCAUGGGAGGAGUAUCCCACCCUGAAGAUGCUCAUGGAGAUGGUGAUGACCAAUAACUACUCCUACCCACCGUGCACGCUGACGGAUGAGGAGACAAGGACGGAGAUGAUCAACCGUGAGCUGCAAAUCUCUCAGCGAGAGAAGCAGGAGAUCCUGGCCUUUGAGGGUCACUUGGCCGCCGCCUCCACUAAGCAGACCAUCACCGAGAGCAGCAGCCUCCUCCUGUCCCAGCUAACCAGCCUGGACCCCCAAGGCCCUCCCCGGAGACCACCACCUCACAUCCUGGACCAGGUGAAGGCCCUCAACCAAUCCCUGCGCCUUGGGCACCUGUUAUGUCGCAGCCGUAACCCAGACUUUCUCCUGCACAUCAUCCAGCGCCAGGCCUCCUCCCAGUCCAUGCCAUGGCUAGCAGAUCUGGUGCAGUCCAGUGAAGGCUCUCUGGAUGUGCUGCCUGUGCAGUGCCUGUGCGAAUUCCUGCUGCACGAUGCAGCUGACGCCACUGCCUCAGGGGAGGAGGAUGACGAGGGCGAAAGCCGGGAGCAGAAGGCCAAGAAGCGACAGAGGCAACAGAAACAGCGGCAGCUGCUGGGCCGCCUACAGGAUCUGCUGCUAGGCCCUAAGGCGGAUGAGCAGACCACAUGUGAGGUGCUUGACUACUUCCUCCGGCGUCUGGGCUCCUCACAGGUGGCCUCCCGCGUGUUGGCCAUGAAGGGCCUGUCACUUGUGCUGUCAGAGGGUGGUCUUCGUGACAAGGAGGAGAAAGAACCCCCCAUGGAGGAGGAUGUCGGGGAGGCAGACGCGCUACAGGGCUAUCAGUGGCUGCUGCGGGACCUGCCCAGGCUGCCCCUGUUUGACAGCGUGAGGACCACCACUGCCUUGGCUCUCCAGCAGGCCAUCCACAUGGAAACUGACCCCCAGACCAUCAGCGCCUAUCUGAUCUACCUGUCCCAGCACACACCGGUGGAGGAGCAGGGCCCACACAGUGACCUGGCCCUGGAUGUGGCCCGACUGGUCGUGGAACGCUCCACCAUCAUGGCGCACCUCUUCUCAAAGCCUUCCUGUAGCACUGCCUCCGAUGCUGUACUCAGUGCCCUGCUAUCCGUGUUUUCCCGCUAUGUGCGGCGCAUGCGCAAGAGCAAGGAGGGCGAGGAGGUCUACAGCUGGUCGGAGUCUCAGGACCAAGUGUUCUUGCGCUGGACCAGUGGGGAGACAGCCACCAUGCAUAUCCUUGUCGUCCAUGCCAUGGUCAUCCUGCUGACACUGGGCCCGCCUCGUUCUGGCGACAGUGAGUUCAGUGAGUUGCUGGACAUCUGGUUUCCAGAGAAGAAGCCGCUGCCCACAGCCUUCCUGGUGGACACUUCUGAGGAGGCGCUGCUGCUGCCCGACUGGCUGAAGCUGCGCAUGAUCCGCUCUGAAGUCCCCAGGCUGGUGGAUGCUGCCCUGCAGGACCUGGAGCCCCAGCAGCUGCUGCUCUUCGUGCAGUCCUUUGGUAUCCCCGUGUCCAGCAUGAGCAAGCUGCUGCAGUACCUGGACCAGGCGGUAGCCCAGGAUCCCCAGACCCUGGAGCAGAACAUCAUGGACAAGAAUUACAUGGCUCACCUGGUGGAGGUCCAGCACGAGAGAGGUGCUUCUGGAGGCCAGACCUUCCACUCGCUACUCACGGCCUCCCUGCCACCCCGACGAGACAGCACAGAGGCUCCUAAGCCAGAAAGCAGCCCUGAGCCCCCACCAGGCCAGGGCAGGACUCGGGCAGGGACGCAGGUUCCAGUGCUCGGCCCUGAGGACGACUUAGCUGGCAUCUUCCUACAGAUCUUCCCACUGAGCCCGGAUCCACGGUGGCAGAGCUCCAGUCCGCGCCCCCUUGCCCUGGCACUGCAGCAAGCCCUGGGCCAAGAGUUGGCUCGUGUCCGCCAGGGCAACCCCGAGGUGCCCGGCAUCACAGUUCGCCUUCUGCAGGCCAUGGCCACCCUGCUGAGCUCCCCGCACGGGGGUACCCUUGCUCUGGCUAUGCACCACAGCCACUUCCUGUCCUGCCCUCUGAUGCGCCAGCUCUGCCAGUACCAGCGUGCUGUCCCGCAGGACACUGGCUUCUCCUCACUCUUCCUUAAAGUGCUCAUGCAGAUUCUACAGUGGCUAGACAGCCCUGCUGUGGAGGAUGGGCCCUUGCAGGCCCAACUCAAGUUAUUUGCUACCCGCUAUUCAGCAAGACGCAGGAUCAGUGACGUGCGCAGCGGGCUCCUGCACCUGGCUGAGGCCUUAAGCUUCCACCGUGAUCUGGAGGUGGCCAACUCCACCGCACGGGCCGUCAUCGCCACCCUGAGGUCUGGGGAGAAGUGUACUGUGGAGCCUGAGCUCAUCAGCAAAGUCCUCCGGGGCCUCAUCGAGGUGCGCUCACCGCACUUUGAAGAGCUGCUGACGGCGCUCUUCUCAGCCACCGCAGAGACCUGCCCCAGCCCAGCCUCGGGGCCCAUUGUGGUGGUGAGCUCCUUGCUGCUGCAGGAAAGAGAUGAGCCUCUGGGCCCGAGCACGCAGGAUGCGGAGGGUGCCAGCACAGAGGCCAUGCGCCUGGGACCAGCAUCUGGGCUGCUCGUGGACUGGCUGGAGACACUGGACCCUGAGGUUGUCUGUAGUUGCCCUGACCUUCAGUGGAAGCUGCUCUUCUCACGGAGAAAGGGCAAAGGCCACAUAAGUGCCCAGGUGCUGUCCUUCCGCCCCUACCUCCUGGCCCUCCUCACACACCAGGCCAGCUGGUCCACGCUGCACCGCUGCACCCGUGUCCUGCUAAGCAAGAGCCGUGAGCAGAGGCUCGACCCCUCAGCCUCCCUGGACUUCCUCUGGGCCUGCAUCCAUGUUCCCCGGAUCUGGCAGGGCCGGGACCAGCGCACUCCACAGAAGCGACGGGAGGAGCUGGUGCUCCAUGUCCAGGGCCCAGAGCUGCUCAGCCUGGUGGAGCUUAUCCUGUCCGAGGCAGAGACCAGGAGCCAGGAUGGGGACAGUGCUGCACGCACCCUCAUCCAGACCCGGCUGCCCCUGCUGCUUAGCUGCUGCCGUAGCAACGAUGAGAGCAUUGGAAAAGUGACUGAGCACCUGACCAGCUGCAUCCAACAAUGGGGGGACAGCGUGCUAGGCCAGCGCUGCCGAGACCUGCUGUUGCAACUGUACUUACAGCGGCCAGAGGUCCGGGUGCCAGUGCCUGAGGUCCUGCUGCAAAGCGAAGGUGCCACCAGUAGCAGCAUCUGCAAGCUGGACGGGCUCAUCCACCGCUUCAUCACGCUCCUGGCAGACACCAGUGACUCCAGGUCUUCUGAGAGCAGAGUGGCUGAUGCCAACAUGGCCUGUCGGAAGCUGGCUGUGGCCCACCCCAUCCUGCUGCUAAGGCACCUGCCCAUGAUUGCAGCCCUCCUGCAUGGCCGCACACAUCUGAACUUCCAGGAGUUCCGGCAGCAGAACCACCUAGCCUUCUACCUACAUGUGCUGGGCAUCUUGGAGCUGCUGCAGCCACGAGUCUUCCAGAGCGAACACCAGGGGGCACUCUGGGACUGCCUGCGGUCCUUUAUCCGCCUGCUCCUGAACUACCGAAAGUCUUCCCGCCAACUGGCCCCCUUCAUCAGCAAAUUUGUUCAGUUCAUCCACAAAUAUGUGGCCUGCAGCGCACCAGCAGCCGUGGCCUUCCUGCAGAAGCACGCAGAGCCCCUCCAUGACCUGUCCUUUGACAACAGUGACCUGGUGAUGCUGAAGUCUUUACUAGCAGGGCUCAGUCUGCCCAGCCGGGAUGGGAGAGCUGACCAAGGUCUGGAUGAGGAAGGUGAAGGUAAGCGGGCAGAUGAGCGUUCAGCUGGCUCCCUACCCCUGGUCAGUGUCUCCCUCUCCACCCCACUGACUGUAGCUGAUGUGGCUCCCCACAUGAAGAGGCUGUCCCGGGGCCAGGCUGUUGAGGAUGUGCUCGAGACCCUGAGUGACAUAGAUGAGAUGUCACGGCGGAGACCUGAGGUCCUGGGCUUCUUCUCGACCAACUUGCAGCGGCUGAUGAGCUCAGCGGAGGAGUCCUGCCGCAACCUGGCCUUCAGCCUAGCACUGCGCUCCAUCCAGAACAACCCCAGCAUUGCUGCUGACUUUCUGCCCACCUUCAUGUACUGCCUGGGCAGCCGAGAUUUCGAGGUGGUACAGACGGCCCUCAGGAACCUGCCAGAGUACACCCUGCUCUGCCAAGAGCAUGCGGCCGUGCUGCUGCACCGAGCCUUCCUCGUGGGCAUGUACGGCCAGAUUGACACCAGCGCCCAGAUAUCAGAGGCCCUGAAGAUUUUACACAUGGAGGCUGUGAUGUGAACUGCUGGGUGACCAGGAUUCCACGCCACACCAACAAACCUUCCCUGGGGUAGUCUCGUCCCUGAGCCCCUUGAAGCUGGACAGGGAUGGAGAGCAGCUCUUUCCAGCCAUCGACUAGUGCUGAAGGUCCUCUUGAGUGCUCACCCUGUCUUUGGGGUCACAGGAGAUACGGUGGAGAGGCUGUUCUGCCAGCAAGGCGCACUGAGGGCAGUUGAAAUGAAGCAUCGAGUGCC